GAGGAGUCGACGACCUCUCUCCUUUACAAGCAAGCAAGCAAGCAAGAAAAGUUUUGCUUUAUUGCAUUUACACACCACUCCCCUUUUUUUCUCUCGCCUCCUGCGCAUAAGAUUCUCUCUGCCCCCAUUUUGAUUCGCUUUGCUGACUCAACACAUCUUGUCUUCGCCUCUUCUACUGUUCGUACAAGACGGUUUUUGUUUGAUCCUCUCUCUCGCGCAACUCCUCUCUCUUCAAUUCGCCCUCUUAGGUAGGCUUGGACAAUGGGUGCAUCAACAUCUAGAAUAGAUGAAGACAAAGCCUUACAGUUAUGUCGUGAAAGAAAAAAAUUUGUGCAGCAAGCGCUUGAUGGAAGAUGUUUGUUAGCCGCUGCUCACGUCUCAUACGUGCAGUCUCUUAGGAGCACCGGAACCGCCCUGAGGAGAUUCGCAGAGACAGAAGUUCCGGUUGAAUCUUCCUUGUACACUUCCACGAGCGCAACGCCGGAACAAGCUCUUGCUUUAACCGAGAAAUCAGUCUCUCAUUUGUCCUACUCUCCUCCUCUGUCAUCUCCUCCUCCUCCUAGUUCCAGUCCAUUCCAGGUCAACCAUAUGAAGUUCAGAGGGUUUUCUUCGAAGAAGGUGGAAGAGAAACCACCGGUUACAGUCGUAGCCACUGUCAGUGUCACCUCAUCAUCUAGUGUCCCACGGAGUAUGUCUAUGGAAAAGAUGGAAUCAUCAACUCCAUUUGAAGAAUCUUCUUCCACGCCGCCUCCUUGGGAUUAUUUUGGUCUUUCUCAUCCAAUUGACAACCAGUUUUCUUCUCCUCAUGGUCAUGUGUCGAGUUCUGUCAAGGGAGAAGAUGAAGAAACUAGAGAGGUGGAGGAGGAGGAGGAAGAAGAAGACGGUGAGAACUUUUCUUUUCAAGAAAGGGAAGACUCCAACUGUUCUGACGAUGAGUUUGAUGAGCCGACGAGUGAUACACUCGUUAGAAGUUUCGAAAACUUCAAUAGAGUGCGUCAAAGAGAGGGAGCGGAAAGCGAGAAAAGCAAAACUCCUGAGCUGUCGCCACCAGUGACGCCUUUAGCAGCAGCUGCUGCUACUCCACUGAACAAAACACCAAACCACAGCGAGAACAGGCUUCCUCCUCCAAGGGACUUCUUGUCGAGCAUGAAGGAGGUAGAGAUGCUCUUUGUCAAAGCUUCUGAGACUGGGAAAGAGGUUCCUAGGAUGCUUGAAGCCAAUAAAUUGCAUUUCCGUCCAAUAGCUCAAUCAAAUCAGAGUGGCUCCGGUGCAUCAUCACUGUUCAAGACAUGUCUCUCUUGUGGGGAAGACCCCAAAGAUGUACCAGAAGAAGAGGCUGCUCCGAACACGAUGAAGUACUUGACCUGGCACAGGACCGAAUCUUCCCGGUCCUCAUCUUCUCUGAACCCUCUGGGAGGAAUGAACUCUGAUGACGUGGAAGAGCUCAAUACCAAUCUCUUUGAAAACAUUGGGAUGAUCGCUGGAAGCCAUGCCUCAACACUAGACAGACUGUACGCAUGGGAGCGGAAGCUCUAUGAUGAAGUCAAGGGGAGUCAGGCCGUGCGGAGAGAGUAUGACGACAAGUGCAAAAUCUUGAGGGAGCUUGAAUCAGAAGGUAAAGGCUCAAAAAUAAUAGACAAGACUCGGUCCGUUGUCAAGGACCUUCACUCCAGAAUCAGAGUGGCGAUUCACAGGAUCGACUCGAUAUCUAGACGGAUCGAAGAGCUUCGUGACAACGAGCUCCAGCCUCAGCUUGAGGAACUCAUCCAAGGGUUGAGUCGAAUGUGGGAAGUGAUGUUCGAAUGCCACAAGGCUCAGUUUCAGCUGAUCUCAGCGUGUCACAGAAGGGGAAACAUUAAACUCAACAUGCAAUCUGAGCUGCACAGACAAGUCACAUCUCACCUCGAAUCCGAACUCAGCGCGUUGGCCUCAAGCUUAACAAAGUGGAUCACAGGCCAGAGAUCGUAUAUCAAAGCCAUACACGAGUGGCUUGAAAAAUGCGUCGUCUUACCACGACCAUCUAAGCGCAAGAGGCGCGCGCACCAACAACCAGUUCUGAGAAACUUAGGCCCUCCCAUCUACGCAACGUGUGCAAUCUGGCUUGAGAAGCUAGAAGCCUUACCUGCCAAAGAGGUUUCGAGCUCCAUCAAAGCGCUAGCUUCUGAUGUAGCCAGGUUCUUGCCGCGGCAGGAGAAGAAGAAUCGCAGCAAGAAACAAAACGAUCACAUGUUGCGAGAUGAGACGUUGGAAGAUUGUGGUCCGGGGUUUGAUCGGUUUAGGACUAGCUUGGAAGGGUUUGCUGGCCAACUCAAUCGGUUUGCAGAGUCGUCGGUGGAAAUGUAUGAGGAGCUUAAACAGCGAAUCCAAGAAGCCAAGAUUAACUACGAGCAGUGGAAGAGGGCUUGUUCCCAGGGUAACUGAUAUUACAUAAUGGAGUUUUCUUGUGAGGUAAAAAUUUUGGAGGGAAGUUGGGUUUGGCAUUUGCAAAUGUAAAAGACUAAAGAGAUAUAUAAAUUGCUUGAAGCAUGAAUGUGGAAGGAAGAUACUUGUUAUGCAGUUUUAUGCUUUUAUGGGAAAUAACAAAUAACUACGGCU